UUACGCUGUGGUUGACACCCACUCCUCUAGUGGAGGCCAGGAUGGAACUCAGCAUCACCAGGUCUUAGAGACCUUUAGGACAGGCUGAAGAAAGCAAUAGGCUGCUCUGUGUUUUGCCAAACACUGCCCAAGGCAGAAAUUGGCUAAUGGUUUGUGGAGGGCUGAAACCUUUUUGACCCCAAGGGCGGCUUGGUCUUCAAGAGCACAUACAAGGUGUGGCAGUUUUGGGGUUGAAUUUGCACCAGCUGAAGUGACAUGAACUGGCCUCUGUAAUAGCUCCUUCAGUUCCAGGCUCACAUAGAAAUUAAUUCAUCUUAUCUCUGGGCAGUCCUACUGAGUGUCAUCAGGCUGUGUAAGGGAUGAAAUAUCUCAUUUCAGAAGGCCAGCCUAAAGUUAGGUAAUCUUUCUGCCUUUUCCAGACCCUGUCUCACAAAAAUACUAAAUGUGCUGCAUUGCAUUCAGCACAUUAAGUUACCCUGUUUGCUUCAGAAGAGUCAGAGGUAUCUUGUGUUAGUAAAGAGAGUUGGAAAAACAUCCCUGUUCAAGUGCCAGAAAUGCAACAGCUCUUGACAGGCUUUCUGACUUGGACUAGUAGGGAUUUUGUAGCUCAGUUCUGUUUUGAUUUAUGGCACAUGGAAAGUGCAAAUCAGAUAGAUAGGCCUUUUUCCCAUUGCGUGCUCCAAUACUACGAACAGUUACUACCACAGAUUUACAAGAAAUCGUUCUUUUCCAGGAUGAUGUGAAUACCUUUCAUCCAUACAGUCUGUGCAUAACUACUAUUAAUGAAUCAUCCUGAGCUUGGUACCGGUCUAUCUGCCUGAAGAGCUCUUUGACAAGAACUUAUCUCCAGGGCGAUCAUUUUACUCCCUGCCUAAGACACUUUGCUCCUGGAGCGUAGCACUAUAAAGCACUGUGCUGUUCAGCAGGCUAAUUCCUGCUUCCAUCAGUACUUCCAUAAUAUACAGAAAACGAAACAAAGAAAUGGUGCAAGGAUUGCACCGUAUUGCUAGGGAAAAGGAUUUCACGUGGAGUUUUAUUCAGCAAAUGUGACUCAGAGACACCUGGCCUUUGUCCCUGCAUGUCCCUUGCUCUGCAGCCUGGAAGGCGGGGGCUGCCCCCACCUCAGGGAGAUGCUCAGGGCUCUCAGCAAUGGCUCCAGCUUUUCCCAGCUGUGUGAGGCACCCAUGGGGCUCAUCCUGGCUGGAGAGCUCGGCCAGGGACAUGCCAGAGUGGAUCCCAGCGGAGAUGGGAGCCCUCUGUGAGGCAUCCCAUGUCACAGCCAAGCCGCUCUGCCGCAGCCGCCUGGAAUACACAGUAAUUUCCUGUGUUUUUUCAAUCUCACUUUAACUUCUCUAACAGAUGGGGAAAGAUGACUAAACCGAGGGAGUUUACAAAAGUUCGUCUUGUGGUGUUUGCAAACUGUCUCUGUGAGGUCCAUUUGCUGUAGUGUAAACACGGCUGUGGCAGGGUGCCUGGUGCCUUCGCAGCAGCUAAUCCUGCUCAGCUGAGGGCCGACCACGUGAGGUAUAGUGGAGGGCCAGGUCUGUGUGGUGAAAGCAACGCCAACCAGCCCUGGGGCCAAGGGCCUUAGCAUGAGGCCUUCACUCCUUUUCCACAGAAAGCAUGGAGCAGCUGUAACUGGGAGACCAGAUUGAACUCUGCACUAAGCUUUGCAAAAGGGAGCUGUGGUCAGGUGUGGAAGGCUGGGUUAAAAACCAGGGCUGUAGUCAUGCAAAAAUGGCUGCACCUGGGGCUGCAGCUGGCCUAUGGCUGCCUUCCCUAGCCUUUAAGUCAGGUGGAGGAAGUAGGCCUAACCCUGGUGAAAGUGGAGUUUCAGCUCCUCUGCUUUGCAAAAGUGGUGUAGGCUGUGAAGUACGGGAAGCUUUCUCACCGAAUAGAACUGGAAGGGCAGCCAGGCUAUCACGGUCAUUCUGUGCUGCAAGCCUUUGUGUCCACAUCUCAGAAUUGGAUGAGGUUCCCUCCAGGAUUCCUCUGCAGGGACCAGCUAAAGAGGUGCAGUCAGUAUGAAGAACAGCCGAGCAGCUCCCAGACCAGUGGUGCUACCGGCAUGGGAAAUGUGUGCCUACCUGUUCCUUACCAUUGGCUCUCACUUCUAUUCUUUCUAUGAAGCGUACCAGGUUUCUCAAAAAUAUGAAGAUGAAAUUGACAGAAGCUUUGGACUGGAACAAGGGACUCUGUUUUGGGGCCUUAAGAAGGAUGCCUUGGAUUUUGAGUGGAGCUAUUGGAUUGAAUGGGGAAGGGAAUACAUACUGUGGCUUCUGGCUGGUCAUCUGCUGGUAUCACAAAUGUGCAGGCUGUUCAUGGACAAGUAUAAACCGUGGUGCUUGAUGGUGUAUGGAAUGGCUGCCUGCUGGUUUUUAUUAGGAAUCAAGGGCUUUGCGGUCAUUUUGGUACACACAGCUAUUUCAUUUGCUGUGGCUCAGUUUCAGAUCCCGCUCCUGACGUGGCUGUGCUCACUUAUCCUGUUAUCUACUUUACGCAUACCAGCAGUGGAAGAAGCCAAGAGAGAGUGGUAUGACACUGAAAAUGAGUAUUAUUUGCUUCUCUUCACGGUGUCUGUUCGUUGCCUCUUCAACACAAGUUUCAGCCUGGAAUACUGCUGGAAUGGACGUGCCCAGAAAUCAUCUCAUUCGUUCCUGUGGAUGCUGGCAUAUGUGUUUUACUAUCCCAUGUUCCACAAUGGACCCCUUAUGAACUUCGAUGAAUUUAGUAAGCAGAUGAGGAAACAAGAAGCCUUCAGUUUGAAGACCAAUCUUGUCAUCUUAAUCGUGGGCAUAAUUCGUAUUUUCUUUUGGUGGUGCUUGGCUGAGCUAAUGAUUCACUUCAUGUAUAUCCAUGCUAUCUGCAGCACUUCUUCAUCUUUGGAAGCUAUGUCAUAUUGGGCCUUAGGUGGCGUGGCUUUAGCUCAAGUAUUAUUUUUUUACGUGAAGUACCUCGUUCUGUAUGGUAUUGCUGCCCUCCUUCUCCGGAUGGAUGGACUCAGACCUCCAGCCCUUCCUCGCUGCGUCAGCCUGAUGCACAGUUUUACUAAAAUGUGGAGAAGUUUUGAUGUUGGGCUCCAUCGCUUUCUGGUCAGGUACAUUUAUGUUCCCAUGGGAGGAUCUCAGUCCAGUCUGCCAGGAAUGCUCUUUUCGACUGCCCUCACUUUUGCCUUUGUGAGCUAUUGGCACGGAGGACAGAGCUAUCUGUGGUACUGGGGAGUACUUAACUGGCUCGGAGUAAUUGUGGAAAAUGGCGUCAAGAGGAUACUUUCUGUUUCACCUAUUCAAGACUUAAUUGAACGUUUCUUCUCGCCAAGAGUUCAUCGUCGACUUCAUGCUGUCCUAGCAUCUGUUUGCACUUCAAUGUUGAUUUUAUCAAAUCUAAUAUUUCUUGGAGGAAAUCAUGUUGGAAAAGUCUACUGGAACAGGAUCUUCAUGGAAGGCUGGCCAUGGGCAACACUGACUGUUCUCGGCUUGCUGUACUGCUACGCUCACGUUGGCAUCGAAUGGGAGCAUUCGUACGCUGUGACCCCGGAGUGACGCAGAGCAACGAGUCCUGUGCCAGCUUACAGGGUGGGGACUUUUCUACACUGGACAACUUAUCUGCAGAAGAACGUGCCGGACCGCAUCAAUGUGUUAGAGCUAAAAGCUCAUUUAACUCAUUCUGGACUGGGAAUUCAGUCAUCUAAGCAGAAACACUGGUGAACCACAGUACAGAGUGAAGAGACAUUAUCGAGCAAUUUAAUUUAUGUUCUUUUUAUAGAACAGUGACUCUGUGACUACGUAUGUUGAAAGCACAUGCCUCAGGAUACACAUUUUGUAUAUGUUAAAUACAAAUGCUUUAUGCAUUGUUUGCUUUUGUUUCUUUUCAUGUUUGCUGCCCAUUUUGACAUACUGAAAAACUCUUUUUCUCCUACACUGUACAAUUCAGACAAACUCCAGUCUCUCAGCUGCUGGCCAGGGGCACCCAGGGCCGUGCCCUGCACUUACAUUACUCCGUGACCAGCAGGAUGCUCAUCAGUUCUUUUUGAUUGCUUUCUGAUUUAAGGCAGAACAUUUCUGAUGUUCUCUCUGGCUGCAGUUUUUCAACCAUAAAGCACUUUUCUACUUACUUACUUCCUGUAGCAAAGUCUGCUUUUUCCUCAAUUUCAUUUAAACUUUUUUCUUUUGUAGUCUUAGGAACGUUUUUGUAUAUCUAAAAAGAGGAAGCUAGGUCUUUUCUUGGUAAAUAAACAAACAUCUUUUCUUUUUAA